AUGCCGCGAAUGCUUGACUUGCCGGUUUAUUACACCGACGUUCAAUGGCGCGCAUUGAAAUCCAAAGCCAGAAACAACCAUCCAUCUAUCUCACCUAGGAAUGCGGAGAUCAUCAUGGAGACUACUAGAGUCUACGAUGCUAUUUUGAAAGAUGAGGAUCCGACACCUCUUCCUCAAUUUGCGGAUUCUAUCACUUAUAACAAGAGACAAGUCAACAAGUUUGUACUCUAUGAUAGACAUGCAAAACAUGGUCAUAUCACCGUCAUGAGUCCUUGCUACCUUCCUAAACGUCGCCCUGAAGCUCGCGUUGGCAAAGCUCCGAAGCAGGUUGGCACGAUUAUCAAACCAACAAGAGAUCCUAGAGGAUCCACAUUUGGCUUUAUUAGAGGUCCCGAAGUUGCCGUAAUCGAAGAAGAAAAAGAAGCAGAGGAAUUGACUGUAGGGGAAGAUAAGGCUAUCGGUGGGAAAAAGGUUUCGACCAAGAAAAGCGGCCCGGCUGGGAAGAAAACUCUUGCUGAGAAGAAGAGGAGUUCACGUUUGAAGUCGAAAUUGGGCGCCAGCGACGAUUUCGUUAGAAGAAGCUCGAGAAGAAUCGGUGGUGCCGUCGCCGCGAGUGCUGAUAUCGACAUUGUUGCGGGGACUCCCGAAGCAGAAAUUGUGACUCGGGAGAUGAGAAAGCUUGCGGAUUAUAACUCUCCGGGGUCAAGAGAAGGUUCCUCUGAAGGCGAUGAGUUGGCCAGUAACUUGAAUUUCAUAAACGGUCCUCCCAUUCCGUACAAAUCGCCAUACAGUCAUCCUAAGCUCGUCUACCAGUCUCCAUAUGCACCCAUCCCAGACGCCUACGAAAACGUCGCAAGCCGCGAAGCCAACAUAUCAGCUCCACGCACCAUUACUCCCGACGCCGAAGACAAUUUCUCAAGUCGCCAAACAUCCACAUCAACCCCACGCGUAGUCAUUCCAUACGCCGCCAAAAACUUUCCAAGUCGGGAUACAACUGUCUCGUAUCCACAUGUAGUUAUUCCAGAUGCUAGCGACCAGUUUUCAAGUCGCCAAACUACCAUAUCAGCUCCACGGUCAGUCAUCUCAGAUGCCGAAGACAACUUGGCAAGUGGCGAUACCACCAUAUCGUAUAUAUCCCAAUAG